CACUUCACGGUUAUGCUGUCCUAUUCCGUAUCUCCCUGUUCCGCAUAUGCAUAUUGUCCAUGACGUUAACAUCCAAGAUAUCGGCCCUCAUCGCGUCUGGGUCGGUGAGAUCUGUUUGGCUUUGUUAUUUAACAAGGCGCCAUCAAUCGUUGAAGCUUGAAGCUUGCUGCUUGAAGUCUAGAAUCCCCUACUUCGAAAGUUUUGACAUUUAUUAGAUGUCUUACCUCGGAGAAUGGCCAGACAGCGAUCGGGAUUCGGAGUCAUCUUUUGCUGACUCCAUCGAUGAUGACCACAAUGGCAUAGCCACGACGAGUCCAGUCGAAGAAAGUAGCUGGCACGACGAGUAUACACCCCCCAAGAACAAUAGAAAGUCCUCCACCAUCUACUCUAAGGGCCCUGAAAGUGGCUCGGACAAGUCAAUCUCUUCAAAAACACGCGAUGAAUUUCAGAAAAUGUGUAAGAAGAUCUACGGCGGUCCCAUCUGCCUUGUCACGGGGAUAAGUGACCCCAUCGUUAUGCAGAUGGCGUAUGUCAUUCCACGAAGAACCAAAGGCAAUAUGUUAACGCUCUACGAAUAUUGCCUCGGCUUAGAGUUCAAAACUUUGCAUGUUGACAGCAGGACAAACCUUUUUCCUCUCAACCCCUCUUGGCAUACGCUUUUUGAUAAAAAAACAUGGCUUCUCCUGCCGGACGCAGCGACAAUGAGAGACGUCCAUAAUCAUGUCAAGGCAGUUAUCGAAUGGAGGCAAAGUCUCAACUCUAAAGUCAUCAUACCCCUCCGGUCACAGUGGCCAUCCAAUACCAAAACACAGUACAGUUUCAUAUCGAUAUCCUGCACAGCCUACUCGAUCUCGCUCAAAAAGGAUGGAGAUUUUUUUACUUAUCAACAUCCUUUUUCCAACUUCCCGUUGCUCGAGUCUCACAUCCUCCCUCCAUAUGCGGUGAUAAAUGCAGCUCAGAAGUUGAGCAGAAAUCAGAUCGAUGGGAUCGUUCGUGACCGUCAUGCGGAACAGACAAAAGAGUUCGAGGAACUGAAACAGAGACUCACCCUCAUGUGUGAUACUUGGGAUCUUUUCAUGGGUGCCAAAGGCGUUGCGAUGGCUUGGGGGAAGUCAGAAGUGGGGGAUAAGUCAGAAGUGGUGGGUAAUAGGAAGAGAAAACAGAGUGACUCGGGUCAGACAGACAGACAUGGCACACGGUCCAAAACGCGUUCUGCACAUGGUGGCCAUCGCAAACAUGAACGGCCACCCGAUUCAAGCGGGGCCACUCUCACUAAGCAUGCAGUCUCACGUCUUGAAAAGCAGAAAUCGGAUGACUGGGAAGUUAGCAUCAGACAAUGGGUCGCAGAGUCGACCAGGGUCUCAUCCUCAGUAGACCCGAAUCUUCCGCUUGAUUUUGCUCUUGCUUAGUAACAUUUCUGCCCUUUUUUAUCUCGAUACCAG